CUGGUCGAAGGGGGAGAAAUCAUUGGAACACGGGAAGAGGGGGUUCCUGGGGGGAACAAAACGGCACCGCAUUCAGCCCUCGGGAUCGCGUUUUCUCGUGGGGACCUCGGUGGACUUAGUUUGUCUCACCCUCGGCUCACCGUCCACACCGGCCCGCACCCGUACUCUCUCUGUGCCAUGUUCGGAUUGGACGACAUGGGGCGCAUGGGCCGGGCUUCGGGAAACACGGGGCACGUUAUUCACAGGGGAAAGGGGGGGGGGCGGGAGGGGGAGGGCGGGGGGGAGGUGUGGGAUGGGGACCCCUCCCGGCGGGGGGAAGGGCGGCGGGGUGUUUCCGUCCCGCCAGGUUCCGCCCUCGUUUUUUCUCACCGGGUAUAG